UGGUCUACACGUCCGGCUGCAAGCUAAUUAGCUAGCUUUACUUAGCUGAUCAAAUGAUGUGUCUACAAGAAAACGCAAAUUUCCUAAGUGCCAGCAAAAACCUAACAGUACCGUUAAAGAGAUGAUGGGACCAUGUCGGACAGUGUAACGACUGCCACGUACGUGGAGGUGAGAGAACACGGCCUGCCAUGGCAGCUGCUGUCACCAUACUGACUGAUCUGCCCUACGCCAUGGGUGAUUCCCAGAGAGGCCAGAUCAACACAGAGACAGAAACAGCUAAUACAAGAGUCGCCAUACCAAAGUACACUAAGAUGGGGGAGACUUUGAGACACGUUAUCCCUGGUCACAUGCAAUGCUCUAUGGCCUGUGGAGGAAAGGCCUGUAAAUAUGAAAACCCCUCUCGCUGGAGUGAAAAAGAGCAAGCCAUCAAGGGACUUUAUUCAUCCUGGAUUACUGACAACUUGCUAGCUAUGGCAAGGCCUUCCACUGAAAUCAUAGAGAAAUUUAAUAUAAUCGAACAGUUUCAAAGGUGGGGGUUGAAGACAGUCAUUAACCUGCAACGGCCUGGAGAACACGCCAGCUGUGGCAACACACUGGAGCAGGAGAGUGGUUUCACUUAUCAACCUGAAACUUUCAUGGAAGCAGGCAUCUACUACUACAACUUUGGAUGGAAAGACUAUGGUGUAGCAUCUCUGACUACUAUUCUGGAUAUGGUGAAAGUCAUGUCUUUUGCUGUUCAAGAGGGAAAAAUGGCAGUCCACUGCCAUGCAGGUCUUGGAAGAACAGGUGUGUUGCUUGCUUGUUACUUGGUCUUCACCUCUCAGAUGAAUGCAGAUCAAGCUAUCUUGUUUGUACGAGCCAAAAGACCCAACUCUAUCCAGACCCGAGGUCAGCUGCUGUGUGUCCGGGAGUUUGCUCAGUUCCUGGUUCCUUUGCGAAGUGUGUUUUCUUGUGCAGACCCCAAAGCAAGUGCCGUUACCUUGUCUCAGUACCUAAUCCGGCAGCGUCACCUGCUGCACGGCUAUGAAGCGCGGCAGAUGAAGAAUGUGCCAAAGAUCGUCCACCUCAUAUGCAAGCGUCUAAUCGACAUUGCAUCAAACACACAAGUAGCAAUUGAGGAGGAGUGGUUGGAGAUCCCUGACCUCACCGCUGAAGUGGACAACACUGUUUCCCAUCAGGCCUUGUGGCAGCUUGGAAGGGAAAUGAAAGGGAAAGGAGUCCCUGGCUUACUUUGUACAUUACCUACUUUAAAUCUACCAACACAACCGUCUCCAUCUGCCUACAACCCGUCUCUCACCAGUGACAGUGAGCUGGACCCUCUAUGGAGCCAGACACAUUUUCAAAAGUUUCCAAGGUUUUCUCUGUGCAUCACCAGGUGCCUCAGCGACUCUGUGCUUCAUCAUUGGCAGCACCUAUCAGCAAAUGUUGAGAGCAACAACCCCGUCGACUGCUUGAUCAGGCCCUCGUUGUCUCACAGCAGCCUCGCCGUCUGUAACACUCCAAGUAGCUGCUACCUUUCUUCCCAAGACGAUGUGAGCAGCAUUCAAGAUAUCAAAACCAAACCUGGAGAAGACAAUGGAUCUACUUUCAAAAAGCCACAGCAUAAGCUGCAUCAGGAAUUCACUUUAGAACUAUCUGAGUAUGAAUGGAAAUCCCUCUAUAAUGCCACACUGCCUGUCCUGUCAUCCAAGAGCAAACAAGUAACAGAUGAGGAAGAGCCCGAUCCCCCAGCAGAAAGAUGUACUAACAGAGGUGGUGUCACAGACGUUCCUCUCAUCACCCUCCAGUCUGAACUUUCAUCAGAGAACAGGCGCUUGUUGGUGGCGAGAGCGCUGGCCAUGGAUCUGACAGACCAUCAACUUUCCUACAAGGUCUCAAUGUGGCAGACGGAGCUGAACUCCGGAGAGGAGAGCUGGGAGCGGUUGAGGACGGAGACAGACCCGCUGGUCCUCUCUGCUCUCAUGUGGUCGUGGCUGGAGCAGCUCAAGGACCCGGUGAUCAGCACCCACGACAUAAACACCUUUAACCCAAGAAACGCUCUCAACACUAUGGAAAAGGAGCGCCGGCUCACGCUACUCUGUAUCCUGAACUGUGCUGCCCAUCUCCUGCCAGAGCCUGAAGAAGUGGUGGCUCGUUUUCUUACCCAAAUAAUCAAAGCCUUUACUAAAAUGGAUCCGGCUUCAGACCAGAACGAGUCACUGUUUACGACACUGAGAGCAGUUCUGACUCCCGUUCUUUAUGAGCUGCAUGACAAAGCUGUGAAGGGAGUGAACACUUCUGAUCCACGGCACCAUUAGUCUGGAACUGGGUUCCACACUCACUUACUGGCAUUACUGCAUCCAUAGCCAGUUCCUUGCACCACUUACUGUGGAUAAUUGCCAAUCUGGGACAUUUGAAGCCUUUUUAGAAGAGUGUAUGUCAUCAGACAUUUUAGCAUUUCUUUCUUUAGUGUUUUCUUUGAAGGUCUUAAUGGACACCACAUACUGUCAUUGUCAAUGUUAAUGUGCCACUGUGCUCACUUUCAAACACUUCUUUUUUUCUUUUCCCUUAAUUUAAAACACUUCUAAGUUCUACUUAAAUAUUUAUGAGGAAGUAGUUGCUUGUAUUCAUAGCUACAAGGAAGAUAUUGAAGGUGGGCUUCCUCUGUUUCGAUGUAAUGUUAUUUAAAUAUGUAACUUAACUGUUAGAGUGGUGGCUAAAAGAUUUUUUUAAACAAUUUUUGUCUGUACAGAUAUUAAAGUGUCUCUUAUUUUUUCAAAUAUUUAUGUGUGAGGUACAUGGUGCACUUGGUUUAGAGGGGAUAACGUAAAGACAACUUGCAAGAUUGCCUCAUUCUUUUAAAGUAUAUUUUUUUUCUUUCAAAAGUCAGAUGUGAAGCUAUUCUUUUUUUUUUCUUUCUUUUUUCUUUCUUUUUUUUGGCAGCACAAAUGAAGUAGGCCACUGUGCACAUGCUUCUCCAAUCAACUCUAUGUCCUUAACACUGUGUAACAAGAUAAACCUCUUUUCCUACUGUGUUGACAUUAAUGCACUUGUAAAACAAUCUGCUGUUAUAGGAAGAACAAUGUUGAAACUGUCUGCCUUUAAAGUGUGUGUGUGUGUGUGUGUGUGUGUGUGUGUGUGUGUGUGUGUGUGUGUGUGUGUGUGUGUGUGUGUGUGUGUGUGUGUGUGUGUGUGUGUGUGUGUGUGUGUGUGUGUGUGUGUGUGUGUGUGUGUGUGUGUGUGUGUGUGUGUGUGUGUGUGUGUGUGUUAAGGAGGCUGACACCACCUCCACCUUUAAAACCAAACUGAAACCCUUUGUGUUUAGUAAAGCCUCUAGUUGGUGUAAACUCUAGAUUGUUGCAUGUAAUCACAGCUCCAGACUGCUAUCGGCCCACACAUACUGACCCACUGAGCCGUGUCUAUCCCUCCUUCUCUUUCCUUUUUUCAGAUCAACCCUCACUUAUUCAUUAGAGGUCCAGGUCCUGGUCCAGGUCCCCCUUAUGGUCCAGGUCCUGGUCCAGGUCCCCCUUAUGGUCCAGGUCCUGGUCCAGGUCCCCCUUAUGGUCCAGGUCCUGGUCCAGGUCCCCCUUAUGGUCCAGGUCCUGGUCCAGGUCCCCCUUAUGGUCCAGGUCCUGGUCCAGGUCCCCCUUAUAGUCUAGGUCCUGGUCCAGGUCCCCCUUAUGGUCCAGGUCCUGGUCCAGGUCCCCCCUUAUGGUCCAGGUCCUGGUCCAGGUUUCUACCCCCUUAUGGUCCAGGUCCUGGUCCAGGUCCCCCCUUAUGAUCCAGGUCCUGGUCCAGGUCCCCCCUUAUGGUCCAGGUCCUGGUCCAGGUCCCCCCUUAUGGUCCAGGUCCUGGUCCAGGGCCCCCCUUAUGGUCCAGGUCCUGGUCCAGGGCCCCCCUUAUGAUCCAGGUCCUGGUCCAGGUCCCCCCUUAUGGUCCAGGUCCUGGUCCAGGUCCCCCCUUAUGGUCCAGGUCCUGGUCCAGGUUUCUACCCCCUUAUGGUCCAGGUCCUGGUCCAGGUCCCCCUUAUGGUCCAGGUCCUGGUCCAGGUCCCCCCUUAUGGUCCAGGUCCUGGUCCAGGUCCCCCCUUAUGGUCCAGGUCCUGGUCCAGGGCCCCCCUUAUGGUCCAGGUCCUGGUCCAGGUUUUUCUCCCACCAGGGGAGUUUUUACCUGCCAUUGUAUAACUGCUCAGGGGUCAUGUGUUCUGAUCCCUGGAAAGCGCCUGGAGACACUUGUGUUGUAAUCAACGCUAAAUGAAUAAAAUUUAAUUUAAUUUAUUUGACGUUUUUCAUAUUUAAUGGGUAGAGUUAUCGUGAAAAAGGUCAAAUUGCAUUUUUUUCCCCAAACAAAUUGCUGUUUUACAUUUCAUUUCUUUUUCUGGACUUGUUUGAAGCAAGACUUAUUCAAAGUUUUACAUGAAAAAUAGGAUAUUACCUGAUAUUCAAGAUCAGUUGAAGAAAAUAUUAGAUAAAUAUAUAGAGCAGUUAUAUCAUACCAGUCAGACCAGCUAAAAAGGUCAUCAUUUGUAUUCGUCAUAGGGCUAACUCCAUGAAUUUUGUAAGAGCGUUUGGUCUGCCAUUUUUCUGUUAGGCUAGAUAUAGUAAAUACCAUCCAUGCAUCACAAAUAUCAUCCACUAUGUCAAUGCUUCACAAAAAAUACCUGGGAAGUAGUCGGUUUUAUUAACCUCCCCUACUACAGAUAAGGGCCUGGUUUCCCAGAUCAGUUAAGGAGCUCUUAACAGCGAAAGACUUCUUUCAAACCUUCUUAAGGAGCCUGUGAAAGAAAAUCGCGUUUCCCAGAGUUGCUCUUAGCUUAAGAAUCUCUUUCAUUAAGAAGGAAAUGAAAGAUGCUGCUGACCCAGUCUUUACAACCAUCUUAGUGAACAAAGACUCACAGAUCCAGCCGCGUCAGGCAAAUCAAUAUCACACCAAGCAAUGAGAUAUUAAAACAAUACACACCGCACAAAUUUUGAUCUAUUUUAUACUUUAGAUAUUGUUUAGCAUUCAUUGGUGACAGCAAAGGGGGAAAAAAAGAAAAAUAAGGAAUAACAAGUGUGUUCCUGUAUAUGUUUUAUGCAUUACGCACAAAUAAAACAA